AGGAUGGACAAUAUGACAUGACCUCAAAGGUUUUCGAUAUAAAUUCUAUUCUCUCAGUAGAUGCCUAUGACACAAGAUAUGGGGACUCUCUGGAUUCCAUAUUGCUCAAGUAUUCUUCGGUACCUAAUAAACGGUAUCCCGAUACGAGAAACGAAGUUGAAACAUACGAAAGUUCUAACAGAAAUUUGACAGACAUUGAUAAAUCUGUCGGUGCAAUAGCCAGUCUAAGGGUUAGUAAUGAGGUUAACUCUGAAUUAGGCCCCUUUUUGGAUAUUCCAAUUGUUAUUACAAGUUCUGCGCUAGAAACAAGGGACAAUAUAGACGACAUUAUAUUUGGCCCUGAACAAAAGCAGAAGAAUAAUGUGAGAAAGAGACGAUCCAUGGAUCCAGAAAAUUACGAGGAAGGGGAUGAAUUUUUAACAGAAGACGAAAAGGCUGCUCGAGAUAAAAGGAAUUAUGUUGCCGGACAUUAUGAACAAAAAUGCAGACGUUGUUCAGAUGGGGCUCCAGGUAGGGUGGGGUCUCCUGGAAUCCCAGGAUCACCGGGAGAAAAUGGUCGACCAGGAAGAGACGGAUCGCCAGGACCCGAUGGAAAUACUGGACGUGACGGGGUUGCUGGCCGUUAUGGAACUCAAGGACCUCGAGGAGAUAGAGGAUUAGAUGGGAUGCCAGGCGAGCCAGGUAAAGAUGGGGAUUCCGGUGCAUCAGGGAAAGAUGGACCAGCAGGGCGAGAUGGUCCUCCAGGAAAAAAUGGAAUUUUGGGUCCAUCUGGACAACCAGGGAGGGAUGGAUUUCCAGGAAGGCCUGGGUUAGAUGGAGUGCCGGGUAGAGACGGAAAGCCAGGCGAAGUUGGGAGAGACGGUUUGCCGGGAUUAUCCGGAGAACAAGGUUACUCGGGACAACCUGGUGAUGAUGCGCCUACGGGGGAGGCGGGUCAACAAGGCAAAGACGCCAAAGCUGGUAUAGCCGGUGAACCAGGGCAAGAUGGUAUUCCAGGGCUUAGUGGACCUCCGGGUCCACCUGGGAGAGACGGUAGACCAGGGCUAGAUGGACUGCCAGGUAGGCCAGGUAAAGAUGGAAACCCUGGAAGAAACGGUAACCCCGGAAAAAUUGGAAUAACAGGAACCAAAGGAAAUAUGGGACCGAAAGGAGCGCCAGGAAAAGAUGGUAAUCCUGGAAUCAAUGGACUUGAUGGGCAUGCCGGCAAAGAUGGGGAACCAGGUAGUUCCGGUUCGGAUGGGAUACCUGGUAGCCCAGGUGAAAAAGGUCCAAUAGGUCCUUCAGGAGUGCCCGGUAAAGAUGGACCUCCAGGCCCGGAUGGUAUCGAUGCUACUCCUGGUAAAGACGGAAUCCCGGGAAAGGAUGGAAUACCGGGGUUACCUGGACCUGCUGGUAAAGAUGGAAAACAAGGGAAAGACGGUUUGCCCGGGGCUAAUGGACCCAAAGGCAACGAUGGUUUAGCCGGAAAAGAUGGACUAUCAGGAAGAAAUGGAGAAAAGGGAAAACCUGGACCCAGAGGACCUCCAGGUGACAGAGGUGAACCAGGGCAAGACGGUAAAGAAGGACCAGCAGGUCCAACAGGCGGGCGAGGUUCGCCAGGAGGACCGGGGUCGAUUGGACCUCCAGGACCACCUGGACCAGAUGGUAACACUGGUAAAAAUGGUCAUCCAGGUGCUACUGGUCAGAAAGGUCCGCAAGGACCGACCGGAAGACCAGGGAUCGAUGGCAAACCAGGAAACCCAGGUGAAAGAGGUGAUGCCGGUCUAGACGGACAAGUGGGAGCACCGGGGUUAGAUGGAACACCUGGGCAAGAUGGAACUCACGGUAUAGAUGGUGAAUCUGGCGUUUGCCACAACUGCGCCAAAGUCGGGCCUAUAGUGGAAAAGGAAUAUCAUUCUUGCUACAUUCAAUUCGGUAAAAGCAGUUGUCAAAAUCCACUAGGAGAUGCGGAAACUAUUUAUGACGGCUACAUAUCUGGCGGUCACUAUUUCUUUUCGGGAUCCGGUUAUGACUAUCAAUGUUUGCCGCGUAAUCCGGACUUCAAAUUUAUCCUCGAGGGCUUUCAAUCCAAGUCAACCAUUUAUGGGGCCGAAUAUAGAUUGUACGAUGAGCAUUCACCAUUCACUCGCAAGGGUCACAAGUUCAACGUGGGCCUAUGUUCUCUGUGCUGCGUUCCUCGUGCGGUUACUUUAAUGUUCCCGGGUUUUAAAGAUUGUCCCAGAUCAGGUUAUUCAUCCUCUUCUCGUGGAUCUUAUGAUCACGAUUUGGCAAGCGACGAAAUUAAAAUUAACACAAAAAGUGAGUGGCAAUUGUCAUUCAGGGGUUACUUGAUGGCGGCUAACGAGGAAUUAUCUCGUUCUAGCUAUAUUUGCGUCGACGAAAAUGCUGAUUUCGAAUCCAGUGGGACACCCGGCGACGGUUCGGCUCUUUAUAUUGUCGAACUAAAGAAUGCCAAUUUACCCGGCAAAGCUUUCUUAUCCGGAAGAGAGGUGUCUUGCGUAGUUUGUUCCCGAUAAUACCAUUCCAUUCCAUUCCAUUCCAAUCCAUUCCAUUCCAUUCUAUUCUAUAUUUUAUAUCAUUCUAUUUUUUUUUUAUUUUUUUAUUUUUUUUUUAAAAAAAAUAUUCUUUUUUGAUUUAUAUAAAAAUUUCCACUCAAUUUUUUUUGUUACUUAGG